UCACGGUUUAAGAAUCUACAACCCCCUCCAAGACAUUUAAGCCUCUCUCUCCUACAUUCCUCAUAUUCUUAAACCUACGAAGUAUUUGAAAUACUCAGUUGGCAUUUAGUGCCGGAGAUGUUAACUACAGCUACCUAAAGUAUUAUAUCACUAUGAGUUGAUUCAUUAUCUAUUGCAAUAAAUUGUGAUCUAGUGAACUCAUUAAUAUUAAUUAUUAAUAAAUUAAAAUUAAAAAAAAUAUCUAAUGUUAUUCAUUUAAUUUAAUUGUAAUAAAUAAAAUUUUAAGUGGGCAAUUAUAAUUUAUUUAAUAAAAAUGUUUUAUCAAAAUAAUCAUGACGCAGUAUUCUAUACUGGUAUUUUAGAUGAUUUUAAAAAUGAAAAUAGUGAUAGUAAAAAUAAAAACAAUAGUGACAAUAUUAUAAUUAAUAACAAUAAAAUAGAUAAUGAUGACGAUGAUGAUAAUAAAAAUUUUUUAAAAAUUGAUGAUGAAAAAAUAAAAACUGAAACAAUUGACAUAAAACCCUCAAUUGACAGUAAAGAUUUUAAGUUAAAAGUUAUUGAAUUUCGUAGUGAUAUCGAAUAUAAAAAAAAAUUUAAAAAAAUAACAUUAUUGCCAAUUAAAUGUACAAGUUUUAAAGACAUGCCGUGGUCAUCGGAUCCAAGAAAAAUACGUCAGUGUAUGAGAGAGUGCCUUGAAUUAUUGUUAAAAAUAGUACCUAAAUAUGAUGAUACUGUUAAUUAUGAUAAUUAUUAUUCGUUUUUGAAAUCACGAACUCAAAUUAAAAUUACAUUAUUUGAAACAAGUGCUAAAGAAAAAAUUGUUGUGAGCGAAAAAAGAACUAAAAUAAUUGAAAUAAAUAUUGCAGCGAAAGAAAAAAUUUUAGCAGACAAUUUUAAAAAUUUUAAUGACAAAAGUAUUUUAAAUCUUGAAAGAUCAAAAAGAUCGACUAGCAGUAAAAAUGAAAAUAUUAGUGAGGCAAAUAGUGAAACUUCUGAAGAUAUCGAAGAUGAAUCUAAACGAACGGAAGUAUCUUUAGAUGAAGACAUAUCUGAAAGCUCAAGUAAUGUAUUUGAUAAUUCUGAAGAUAUUACUGAAUCGAAGAAUUCAGUUGAAUCUACCGAAAAUUUAAUUGAUACGACAGAAGUUUUAACUAAAACUACCAAAGAUCUUACUGAAUCUAUAGAUGUUACCAAACCUAUAGAGAAAAAUGUAAAUGAUAAAUCAAUUACUGAUUGCCCAGAAUUAUUAGAUGAAGCUGUAGGAUUAGCACCAAAUGUGCCUUGUAAAACUAAAAAGUCUCUAUUUAAAUUAAAAACUAAACGAUCUGGUGGCUCUCACAAUGAAAAAUCUAGCGUUGAUGAUUCAUCAGUAAAAAAUGUACCUGACAGAGAAAAAAACUCAGUAUCAUUGAAAAAAUCAUUGAAUUCUAAGUUUAAAAUAAAAGUAAAAAUAACACAUGAUAAAACGACAAAUGAGUCACAAUAUUUUGUAAUUAAUAAUAAUAAUAAUAAUAAUAAUAAUAAUUAUAUUAAUAAUAAUAAUAAUAAUAAUAAUAAUAAUAAUAAUAAUAAUAAUAAUGAUAACGAUGAAAACAGUGAUAAUAAUAUAUCAGAUUUGAAUCAAACUGAUAAAAUCGACAACAAUUUAACUAAUGCCGAAUCGUCAGAAAAAACUAUGUCACCUGAGAAAAAUUCAUCAAGUCCAGAAGUAAUUGGUAAGCGACGUAUAUCACGAGUUAAUAAUUCAAUAGUUAAAAAUAAAAAUAAAGAAAUUCAAGAUAAACUUAAACGAUUGAGAAAAAAAGUUAAAGUUGAUAAUCACAAAAAGUAUUCUGCAACAUUUAAACAAAAUAAACCAACUACAUAUAUUAAAAAGUCGCAACUAAAUAUUAUUAAUAAUAACAAUAAUAAUGAUAAAAUAAUAGAUACUGAAAAGAGAUUGAUAAUAGAAACACCAACGAGUUAUGAUCGAAAGGAAUAUUAUACAAGUAACCUAUCUGAUGUUUCAUACUGGGUAAAAAGAAAAUUUGUGCGUGCAAGUGGUAAACUUGAGGCUAGUUUUGGUGAACCAAUUGAUGAUAAUGAGCGAGAAGAAAACGUUAAACUCAUUGCUGAAUCAGAGCAAGCAGCACGUGUGAGAAAUUCACGUCGUUCUGUUGAUUCAGGUAUUUCAAUACGUGAUACAUCGCCAGCCGAUUUGCCGAUCUGUGACGACGAAAACACAGAUAUGAGGUCACGUAGAGAAAAGUCUGUGGAGAGAAGGUCAAGAUCGAGACGGGGUAGUUCGAGUGAUCGACAUUCGUCGAGAUCUAAAAGUGGACAAUUGGAAAGAAGAACAAAUGAUUUAUUGAAACGUAUUGGAAAAUAUAAUAAAUAUGGAAUUAAUGAAAAACCUAAAAAUACCAAUACUGAGCAAAUAAGAGAAAAAUUUUUACAAGCUUACAGUGACAGGGAUAGUAGAUUCAAUAGAGAUCAUCCGAGAGAUAGAAGUACUAGAUCCAAUCGAGAGCGUUCGAGAGAGAGAAUUUUGAGAUCUCAUAGAAGUUUUUCAGAGGAACGAGGGUCGAGGUCUAAAAGAGACUAUUCGAAGGAAAAAAGAACAAGAUGUCAAAGAAGCCAAUCGGAAGAAAGAAGACCGAGUUCUAGACAACACACUAAAAACAGAAGAUCGAAAUCAAAAGAUGAUCUUUUAGUAAGUGAUAAUUCAGAUGCUGAUGCAAAUAAAUUUUGUCGUAUUUUCAAACAAUUAGAAGUAAUAGCUCGUGAUGAGGCUAAUUAUUUCAAGAGCCUUCAAAUUACUAUGCGUAAACGUAAAAGUUUACGCCAAAGGCAUGACAGUAGCAGCUCAGCAAUUUGCUCUACGUCUAACGAUGAGUGUAGUCCUGUUAAAAUAUCUAGAAAAUCGUGUGAAAUUGACUCAAGUCAUAAAUCAAAUGUCACUGUAACAAAUCAACCGGAAAAUAUUCGUGUAGUAUCUAGUCCAGGUUUACCGUCUUUAUCACCGCUUCCAUAUGAUGGAAAUAAAGAUAAAAAUGUUGAUAUUAUAAGUAAUAAAGCAGACGAGUCUUGUAAGCUAGGUAAUGAUACGCUGAAUUUGCCUGUAAUUAAUAUUAUUACCAACAUUGUGAGUGAGAUUACCAAUCUUAAUAACGACAAUCAAGACUCUUUGCCUACUUGUGAUAAUUCUUCUACUUCAGCACAAGUGUCUGACAAUAUAACAUCUGAAAAUCAAUGUAACGUAGAAAAUCAAAACAAUCUGCUCGAAAUACUUAAGAUAAUUGAUGUUGAUUUAGAAGAAUUCGAAUCGACCUGUAAAGAAUCUAUUGAAUCUUAUAAUUCAUUGAGUCAACAACAGCAAGAUUUAUUAACAACCAACAGCAUGCAACCAGUAAAAUCAUCAGGUUCAUCUAAACAACUAGAUGUAUUAGAACAAGUACAAUCAUCAGCAUCAUCGGUACAGUCAGAAUCAUUAUUCAAAUUGCAGUCAUUUAAUAAUAAAAGUAACAGUAAACCUAACGUGGAAACUGAAUCAAAUUUAAUUGACUUAGCGUUUGAUAAUGAUUCAAUUGAUAUAAAACAAGAAAUACUAUCACCUGAAGCUGUAGCCAGUACAGAUGUCGAGAACACAUCAAAAGAAGAUAAUAUAGUAGCAGCUGAAGAAAACCCAACGGAACAAAAUCAACUGAUAAAUAAUUUAAUCGACUCAGUUGCUGGUCAGCUGACAGAAACUUCUUCAACAUCUUUAGUACCAUGGAUCCGUGCAUUUAGACCUACAGAACUUGGUGCUAGAUCAGAUUGUUUUACUCCAGCGCCAUCAGUAAUACCUAUAAAUCAACAAAAUAUAUCAGUACCUCAACAAAAUAUACCAGUACCUCAACAAAAUAUACCAAUAGAUCAACAGAAUUUGCCGAUGACAGAAUCUCAACGAUCUCAGUAUCCAGCUGGAAGUUAUCUUCCACCUCAAGUGCCAUUUACACGACAAACCCGCGUCAAUAGAAGAAAAAAUAAAAGUAACCAACCCAGUAAUAUUAAUAAUGACAAUUUUCCUAUUUCCUCGGAAUUAUCAUACCCUAAUACGGUUUACAAUUCAAAUGAGAUAAAUCAAUUACCUUCAUCAUCAUCAUCAACAUCAACAUUAGCAACAACAUCAUCAACAGCAGCAAUAACAACAAAAACAACAGCAACAACUUCGGCAUCAACAAAUUCAGUAGUAGCAGCGACAGCAACAAUAACAACAGUAUCAGCAACAACAUCAACAUCCAUAAAUAAUUCAAUAUUACAAACAAUCCAAAUAUCAAGUAAUUCAGCGGUAACAUUAAAUACGAUUAUCCAACAUGCUAUGUUAGUUUUACAUAAUUAUAAAAUUUUAUAUUGGAUAAAAAAUCAACCAUUACCAGUAAAUAUAAAUGCACAACAAGUAAAGAGAGACAUGAUGAAACAUGUUACGGAAGUUGUCCAACUUUUAAAUCACUUGAGUUUUGAAAUGCAUUUAUCUGAUAAGUGUUCAAUUAUUGAUGUAGUUGCUGAGUAUAGUGCAAGAGUAAAUAAACGAUUAAGCUCUAAACAAAUAGCGUUCAUCUACAAUUUAUAUACAUUCUGCGUUCUACCAUCUGUUCCGAAUGUAAAUCAACCACCACCACCUUCGUAUGACCAAUCAGUCGAAUACUCUAAUGCACCAAGAUCAACUGUUACGCAAACAAAUACAAGAAAUAAUCAAAUAUUACCGAAUUUACAGCAAUUGUAUCAACGACAACGGCCGCAGUUAGUACAGCAAUGUCCAAUACAUCCGAUACAACAACUAAAAUAUCAAUCGCAAAAACAACAACAGCAAAUACUUCAACAACAGCAACCACGAUUGUUGCAAAAACAAAUACAAACACAACAAUAUCCAAGACAGCAACCACAGCAACAAACACAGCAAUAUCAAAUACCACAGCAGCAACAAUUUCAACAAUAUAGAAAUCAACAAACGCAACAAUAUCAAAAUCCGCAACUGCAACAACAAGAACAACAAUGUCAAAUACAACAGCAACCGACACAUAUAUAUAACAUUUUACGAUCACAACAGCCACACCAACAAAUACAACAAUUCGUAAAUCAGCCGUUACAACAACAACAGAUGCGGCAAUAUGUGAAUCAGCCAUUGCACCAACAAUUUCAACCACAACAUCAAAUCACCCAACAAUAUCAAAAUCAGUCAUUUCAACAACAAUCUGCCCAACAAUAUCAGAAUCAGUCAUUUCAACAACAAUUUGCCCAACAAUAUCAAAAUCAGUCAUUUCAACAACAGCAACAACAACAACAACAACAGCGACGACGAACUAAAAAAUCUAAAAAUUUGUCGUCACAACAGCAUCAAACUCAACCACAACAAGCGCAACAAAGUCAAACCCAGUCGCAACAUCAACAAGCGCAACAAUACCAAAUUCAGUCACAACAACAAAUGCAACAAAAUCAAACCCUAUCGCAACAACAACAACAACAAGCACAACAAUAUCAAACUCAGUCGCAACAACAACAACAACACCGACGACGACAGUCAACUCUACAAGGAUCGCUUAAUAACUCUACAGUUUACUCUCCUACAGCUGAAAAUUCAUCGGAAUAUUCAACAUCAUUGACUGGAAAUGUAUCAGAAUAUCCAAUAGCAAAUAUUGGAAAUACAUCAGUAUAUCCAAUAACAAAUACAUUUGAAUGUUCAGGAACUAACACUUCAAUAAAUUACCCAAUGGACAUAAAUCUACUGAGUAAUCAAACAAGAACAGUGUCUGGUAAUACAGCUGUUGGUGUUACGACAAAUAACCAUCCGGCAUAUCAAUCUUUAAUAUCUAUAAAUGCUCAACGAUAUCCGUCACCAAUGUCUUCAAUCUCUCACUAUCAACCAUCUAUGCCAAUUAAUGGACCUAGAUGUUCUCCAGUUAAUCUAAUUAGAUCAGCAUCUAAAUCCCCUGUUUCAGUAAGAUCACCAGCGUCUGGGCAAGCUUUAUCUCAAAUUCAAGCUUCAUCUCCAGUUCAAAAUGCAGCUUUCCUUCGGGUACAAUCUCCUAAUCAAGUGCGACCUCUAAUUCAAACUCCAGCUUCAGUUCAAGCUCAAUUACAAAUGCAAACUCCAGUACAAAAUCAAAUUUUAUUUCGAGUUCAUGCUCCCUCACAAAUGCAAGCUCAAGUACAAAAUCAAGCUCUAGUUCAAGCACAAACUCAGCAGCAAAUGCAACUACAAGCUCCGGUACAAAAUCAAGCUCUAGUUCAAGUACAAGCUCAACAACAAAUGCAACUACAAGCUCCAGUACAAAAUCAAACUUCAUUUCGAGCUCAAGGUCCUCUACAAAUGCAAGCUCCAACUCAAUCUUUGGCCUCACUUCGAGCGCAAGCUCCAAUGCACUCUCCCAAUUCCGCCCAAGUACAAAAUUCAUCUCAAGCUCAAACUUCAGCACCUUUAUCAAAUCAGACAAUUAAUCAUCAGCCAAUCAAUAGCUCAUAUUAUAAUCAAACUCAAACUGACAUAAAUAAUCAGUUUUACCCAAAAAAUAAUUAUCCAUAUUUAUCUAGUGAUCAGCAUAGCAUUUACAUUCAACAGACACAAGAUUACAAUAUUUUAAAUACACAAAAUAUGAGUUUAUACCGACAACAAAUGACAGGUGCACAUGAUUUACCGCAAAACGCACAAACUGUCUAUUCAAAUGUUAAUCAAUAUCAAGUGAGUCAACCGUCUGCUACUAUUGUCAGUCAGAGUAUAACAGCGACAAUGGAAACUGGUGUAACUCAAGCUAACGCAGUAACAGCACCAGCAGUAACAUCAUCAAGAGUUAACAAUACUCAUGAUGAAAGUAUUAAUCUGUUUACACAAAAUAAUAUCAGUAAUACUCCAGUUGGCGAUGCUAAUAAUUUAUCUAAAAAUAACGGUAAUAAAGUUAAAGUCGUUAGUGUGCAAAAUGUUACAAUUGAAAAUAAAAUUUCAAUACCAGUUAGUAAAAAUACAAAAGUUGAUAGACAAGCUACAGUUAUCAGAACUGAAGCAACAACAUUUGGUAGUAGCCAAGUUUCAGUGGUUCAAUCACAAGCUGUUAUUGAUAGUCAAAGAAUGAAGAUUGAUAAUCAAACAACUAUUAGUACACAUACUUCUGCUGUCAGUAAUAAAUUUCCAAUUAAUGAUAAUCAUGUUCCAGUUAUUAGUAAUAAUGUUCCAUCUUCAGUUAUUGGUAAUCAAGAUCAAGUUUCAAUGAUUGAUAGUCAACCUGACAUUACAUCACAGUCUCUUGUUGAAACUCAAGCAUUGAUGGUUAAAAGUAAAUCUACUAUUGAUAAUGAGUCUUCAGUUCAAAAUAGUAGUAAUGAAAUUAUAUCAAAUAAGGAAACAGAAGUUGCUCAUAUUAAACCGGGUGGUAUUAAAGAACAAUUGUUUCCAAAUAUUCUUUUUAUCAUUCCUCCAGGAUAUAUAGUGCAAACACGACCUGUUGUAAAUCGAAGUAUUGGAGUUAUAAAUUCAACGGCUCAAAACAUUAAUUCAAUAGCUCAAGUUAAAAGUUCAAUUGUUGAAAAUAAAAAUCCACCAGCUCAAGCUCAAAAUUCAACAAUUGAAACUCAAACUUUAACGCCGAAUUCUAGUAUUGAAAACUUAUCUAAAUCAAGUGAAGAUAUUGAAAUGAGUAUUGAUGAUAAUCAAUUACAAUCAUUAACAACUAUUACUAAACCAUCAACUUUACAGAAUAAUUCUCAAGAUAUUACAAUAAAGAAAAUACUUUCAAGUAAUGAAUCAUCUGGAGUACCAACAAAUAGUCGAGAGAUAGCUAAUGAUAGAUUGCCAUUGAAGAAACGUUUAAGUCACGAUUAUAUUUCACAUCAAUGUUCACCACCUAAAAAAACAAUGCUUCGAUUAGAAACCGGUAACGUUACUCCAAUUAGUGAUAUUCAAGCUACAACUCCAGUAUUAGCUGAAAAAAAUGAUCUCGCUACUACUUUAAAUGAGUUAUCAGAAUCAUUGAAAACGUCAAGUGAAAAUCAAGAUACCGGUAGCAGUAUUUCAAAAGUAGAUAAAACUGACAAUAAAAAUAAUUCAAUAGAAAAAAUAGCAGAAACUAGACGUCCUCAAGUAUUAACAAUUAUUCCAGAAAAUGAGCUUGUACUUUUGACUGAAUCGGAUGAAGAAAUUACUGGAGAAAAAAAAAUAAUUGAUAACGUUGAGGAUAAUGAAGAAAAAAAUACGGAGAAUCAAGAGGAGACGAUUGAUAAUUCUGAUAACGUUCAUGAAAAAGUUGCUGAUCAUCAGACAAAUGACAAAAUAAUAGAAAUCGAUGAAGAUGAUGAUGAUGACGAUAAUGGUUCAAGUGUCACAAAUAAUUUAAAUAAAUCGGAAAACAAAAUAAGUGUUGAAGAGCAACUGAAUUUAGAAAAUGAAGUAUCUAGUUCCACUGAAAUAGAUACUGCAGAGGGAAAUAAAAAUUCAAAUACAAGUAAAAAAGCUGAUGAUCUUAUACCAUUGGAAAAUGAUGUCUCGACAAGUAUUAAUGAUAAAGUUGUUGAUGAGUUGAAUAAUCAUCAGAGAAAGGAGAUUGAGUUAGUAACACUUGAUAGCGAUGAUGAGGAGACUGAUAAAGAAGCUGAUAUUGAAACAGAAAAAGAAGAUAAUGAUGAAGACGAUGAUGAUAAUAAUAAAUCUGAUGAAUUUUCUUUUGGUGUUCCUUCAACGCAAGAUAAAAUUGAAGAAGAACAGUUUAAAUACACACAGUCGUCAAUUGAUGAAGAAUUGGAUUGUUUUGCAAUUGCUACUAAUUCAUCAAUAGUUAAUAAUAAUAAUGUUGUCGUUGAUAAUAAAUCUUUAUCAGUUGUUAAUAUUUCUAAUGAUGAUUCUGUAGACGAUGAGCGUUCAAAGACACCACUAAUAAUGGGUGUUUGUAGUAUUACUCAAAAUGAUUUUGAAACAAUUGAUAAAUCAAUGCCACCAAUGAUGAUGGAGGAUAUUGUUGAUGUUACUGAUCAGGAAAUAAAAGCUUGUUUAUCGGAUAACGAAGAGGAUAUUAUUAAAAUGGAAGAAGAUAUUCAACAAAUAGCUAUUGAUCUCGAUUGAUAAAACAUGAGUAGGGUAGAGGUACCAUUUGUGGUCACGGCUCCAUUUUUGAACGCUUCAUACUUUGUUUUAAUUAAUGAAAGUGUGAAAUAAAAUUUCCAUUUUAAUAGUGGAAUAAGAGUAUCUUUAAACAUAUUUAUAAAAUUAAUGUUAUUGUAUUUAUUACAAAUAAUUUUAUUUAAAUUUUUCAAGUGUCUAAAAUUGGCCCUAAAGUGACCAAAAACGAUACCUCUACUCUAUAUUUAUUUAUUAAAUUAUUUUAAUGUUUAAAAGAAAAAAAAAUUAUCAACUAAUUAAAGCAAAGACUGUGACAUAGUUAAGUAUUAUAAAUUAUUUUGUUUAUUAUUAUUAUUAAGUAGUUAAAUUAAAUCUAACAUUUAUUUAAAUAUUUAACUUGAGGAUUUGAUUUUCUCGUAAUAAUCCAAAGUUUAAAUAAUAAGACAUUAGUUUUUUUAUUUUUAUUAUUUUUAAUUAUUAUUUUUAUUAUUUUUUUACUCAAAUUUAUAAGUUUGAUACUUUAGUUAGAGUGUACUAAAUAAAAAAAACUAUAUGUAUUUUUUUAUAUGAUAAAAUAAUCAAACAUUGGGCCGAA